AUGCCGGACCCGCAUGCAGGUACUACUAAUGCCGGCACUCCACCAAGGCUACACAAGGACGUCUAUCCAGCUAUAAGUCCACAAACACUCGCUUCAAGCAUGCAAGGCCGGAUUGUAUUCGUCACCGGAGCAGGCCGUGGAAUCGGACGAGCCAUAGCUCUCUCCUUCGCAAAGGCAGGAGCAUCAGGCCUCGCAAUUCUCUCACGCACAGUCGGCGAACUCGAGUCUCUCGCGGCCGAAGUUGCCAGCAAGUAUCCCGAAACACGGUCUCUCGUAUGCGUAGCAGACGUCUCAGAUCGUACUGCUGUCGAAGCUACAGUCAAGAAAAUCGAGAAUGAUUUUGGACGUAUAGAUGUAUUAGUUGCUAACGCCGGAGUGAAUUUAUUUCGCCCUUUCGCGUAUACACCUGGAGAAGACUGGUGGCGUAUUGUGGAAAUCAACCUCAAGGGCCCUAUGAUGCUUACAGAGAUGGUCCUACCUGGAAUGCGCGCUCGGAAUGAGGGGUCAAUCAUAUAUGUUGUGAGUCGUGCCGGUAUUCUGAGUAUACCCGGAGCGUCAUCGUACACUGUGUCGAAGGCGGCGCUCAUCCGUGCUUGUGCUGUCCUUCAAGUUGAGCUCGAUACAGAAGCAGGCGGGGAGUCAGGGAUCCACACAUAUUCAUUACAUCCUGGUGGCGUGAAAACAGAAUUGACGCUAAGUUCGCUCCAUCCGGAUGUCGAUAAAAUGCAGCCAGGGUUUUGUGAUCGCAUUCGAAAUGUGUAUGAAAACGUAAUGGAUCAGACGCCAGAGCUUUGCGGUCAGACAUGCGUGUAUCUCGCAGCAGGUCGUGCUACUGCUCUUCGCGGGCGUUACCUCGAUGUUGGAGACGACAUUGAAGACAUCGCCCGACAGGCGGAUACAGUCCGUAAAAUGAAUAUGUAUGAUCUUGGAGUAAAGAUACUCGGGGGCCAAAUGGCGGAAGGACUCCGACGCGAGCCUUGA